AUGGCUGCUGCCCAGAAGCAUGUGCUGCGUGUGUAUGUUGCACGAGACACCGCCUUGAAGCUUACUCUACUCGAGCGACCAAAGUCAGUGGAGGAGCUGAAAGAAAUAAUGCAAGAGAGGUUCAAGCCGACACUGGAUGGGGACUUUAGCCUGCACUAUGAGGAUCCGGACUUUGAUGGUGAUCUUUGUCUUCUUGUGGACAUCCAGGAGUUACCAGAGAAGGGCACAUUGAGAGUCAUCAGGCCUGAAGAAGUAGCCAUCAACACAGGGAGGCGGAGCCGAAACAACCCCAACAAUGAUCACCCCCAUCAAAAUAUAAAGAAAGCUCGAAAAGCUGAGGUCAACUACAUCAUCAACCUACCAAAGGAUCAAACCCCAGCCACUCUGGAAACAAUGAGAGAAGAAAUCAUACAUGAAGUCGAAAAGACUGAGAGAAACCAUUUAGUCAUAGGCAAGCUCAUGAACACAACCUAUGCCCUUCGUCGCCAAGAAAUCGUUGGAGCUCUUGUAGCUCCACGGGUGAGAGACGUCGUGGAUAGAUGGCCAGCCCUACUUAUGGAGUCACAGGUGUUUGCAGAGUUCCACCGAAUCAACAAUGUUAACCUGCGCAAUCAAUUCUACAAGGAGCUGGACAGACACACGCCUAAACUCAUUACCUUGUUCAGAGACAAGGCCACCAAGACUGGCAAGAUAGCGGAGGAGCUAGCCAGGCUCAUGAUGAUUUAUGACCUUCAGGAACAACGUAAUGUAAAUAUAAGACGGGCACUCGUCCUUCGUGCUCUUCCUGUGUACCUGCGUGAAGAUGCCUUCAAGUUCUUCAGGACCUGUAAUUCAGCAGAUUGUCCAGACCUCACUGACACUCCGGUGGCUCUCUUGACAGUCGUCACGGAUGACACUAUUGAUGCGGCCCUCUUCAGCCCUGAGAGCAUCUGUAUCGUCGUGGAGGAUGAAAUGCUUGUGAGUGGUCCCACGACUCUGGCUGACUCAUUUCUCCUGCUCUUUGGGUAUGUCUAUGCACUAGACCUACAGUACCCAAAGAAUCUUGAACUUACAUUCACAUUUAUCCAAACAGUUGUGAUGUGUCUUGAGGACAACAAACCACUGAAAGGGCAUCUACUGAUGCUGAAGAAUGAUUUGUUUAAUGAGUGA